GGAUAGUAUAACAACGGUCUAUUUGUUGCAACAAGGACAAUAAGGUAAUUUAACAAAAUGCAAUAAAAAUUAAAUCAAAAUAAUAAUAAAAAAAAUCUGUCUUCUUCGUAUGGGAUUCCUCCUUCUCUUCUCCGCCUUCCUCCUUUCAGAUGAGAAGAAGAAAAGAAAGGAAGUAAAAUAGUAACAGCUCCCAUCUGGGAUUCCUUCUUCUCCAUGGCUUCUCUCUUGUUCUCGUUCCUCCUCUCCUCGUUUUCUAUGCUAGCUUGCUUCUCCUCCGUCUCCGGCCGGGAGAAUGACGUCGCCGUCACGCCCAUCAAUCGAGAUCUCUACCACCGCUGCAGCCCGGAGAACGAAAUAGAUGCAGCAGCUGGGCGCCAGGAGAGCAUCCCCAACGGCCUAUCUCCCGAUCACCACCGCAGCGGCGACGUUUCUCCUUCGCCAUGCUUCUUCCUCCACCGCCCUUGCUUAUUCCCCGCCAUUAUCCAAUCGAUGAGUAACUCUCGCCGCCUUCCCAUCCCCUAGAUUUCAUAACAGCGACCGCCGGCCUACUAGUCUACCGUCGUUGGGUGUGUAAUUACAACUCCACCACCUCCGUCUCAUCUCCUUCCCGAUGGCUUUCUUCGUUCUUUCCUUCUUCGCACUCUGCGUCAAGAUCCGUGGCGAGAGCUGCGAAUCCCUCUUUCAUAUGAAAACUAGGUAGGUGGCGUUAUUUUAGUAAAGGGAGCCCUAAAUUCGGAUCCAAAUAAUCAUUCUGGAGCGUUAUUUUAGUGAGGGGAGCUCUAUAUUCGGAGGACACAAUUAAUUGGACCAAGUGCUGGCGGAAUUUUUUUGUGGAGAUUUUUAUUGGACCGGAGAAUUCCUGGACUGAAAGCGGAGCAGAAAACUGGGGAGCGAGCUGUGGGAUUGAGGCGAAGUUCUAACUUGAAAGUAAAGUGAUGAACAAUUUAUUUGCAUUGUCAAAAAUCUUCUAAUGCAAACACAAACACGGUAAAACAAAUUAUAAAAUGCACAAAAAAAUCUUCUAAUACAGACCACAAAUUUUAUAAAACAAACCAGAAACACCACAAAGCAAAUCAUCGAAUUUUCAAAAACACACCAGAAAACUCAUAACGCAAACCACAAACACGAUAAAGCAAACCAUAAAAACAAACCAGAAACGUCCUAAUGCAGACCAAAAAUCUAAUAAAACAAACCAGAAACCUCACAAAGCAAACCACAGAAUUUUCAAAAACACACUAAAAACCUCAUAAUGCAAACCACAAACACGUUAAAGCAAACCACAAAAACAAACCAGAAACCUCCUAAUGCAUACCACAAAUCUCCUAAAACAAACCACAAACCCCUCAUGAAAAACACAAAAUUUUUGAAAGCAAACCAGAAACUUCUCAAUGCAAACCACAAACACGAUAAAGCAAACCAGAAACUUCUCAAUGCAAACCACAAACGCGAUAAAGCAAAUCAUAAAAGGCAUACAAAAAUGUGAGAAACCAAACCAUAAAUCUCACAAUGAAGACCAUAGCAUCCGGUGGUCGUUGACCAUUGACCGGUCAACGAAGUUCAUUGACCGAACUCCGAUGACCGUCAGUGAGCAGAUUCCGACGCUGAUAGGCAUAUUCCGGCCCCGAUGACUAGAUUUCGACGCCGGUAAACAUAUUCUGGCGACGGUGGCAUAUUCCGAUGAGAAGAUAGCAUAUUCCGGCGACGAAAAACAUAUUCCGAUGAUCAGCAACCAGAUUCCGGCGAUCGGUGGCCGAAUUCCGGCGACCAAAAAUUUGGGCAGAAAAUAAAACAAUUUUUUUAUUUUUUUUUAUUUUUCAUAAUGACAAUUAUACUCCUGCUUUGAUUUUUACACAACUAAUAAAAAGUCAUCACAAUCCUAACUUCCAAUUGGUUAGAGACUAGUGUUGUUACAAUAACAACAAAAGGAGUGUUGUUAUAGUAUCUAGUCCCUGAGUAUAAAGCUCAAAAACUUUGUUUUUUCCUCUUUGGAGUAUGAGUCAUGUUAUUUGGCAAUGGUCCUCACAACCAUUUUGUGAGGAUCUCUUCGCAACCUUCUGUUCUUCAUUCUCAACUAAAUACUUUUUGAGAAAUUUUACAAUGCUAUAUAGCAUUAGUGCUAUAGGUUUUUGUCUUUAUGGUACAACUUGAAGUUGUACUUUUAAUGUUAUGGUAUAACUUCAGCUUGUACCUACACUAUUUUACAAAUUCUUUUGUGGUACAACGUGAACUUGUACAUUUAUGUGAUGAUACAUCUAAAAGUUGUGAAGUUGUACCAUAACAUAAGAGUACAAAUUCCUUUAUGGUACAACCCAAACAUAUACAUUUUACGUUAUGGUACAACUUUAAGUUGUACAUUAAAGCACCUAUGCUUUA